AACAAUUUGAAAUAUGAAUUUCCUUAUUCUCAAUAUAUUUUUAGUACUUAUGAUGGUAUUAAAUGUAUUUGCACAAGUAACGACUGAAGCACCUUGCAAGUGCCGAAGAAUUAUUGAAUGGCAUCCAGUAUGUGGAACAGACGGAAUUACAUAUGCGAAUCCAAUGGAAUUGAUAUGCAAAAAUUUUUGCUUUGGAACAAAUAUCAAGAUCGCGUAUAAAGGAGUAUGCAGAGGAGACUUAACAACAACAAAUAAUCCUAAAUGUCACAGCGAUGUAUGA